AUGGAUACUCUGAUCUUCAUUUCCCUGUUCAUUAUUGUUCUACAUGUAAAAGCACAAGCAAAUAGUUAUUCACCAAUUAACUGUACAAAUGCCUCUGAUCUCAACACUCAGUUUCCUUUCAGACUUCAUGAAUUUCAGCUACACUGUAAGCAAAACAGGACCAUUAUUCAUUUCCCAUCAUAUGGGGAUUUAGUCAUCAAAUCCAUUUCAUAUGACAUCAAGAAACUCGAAUUAAUCGACCCGAAAAACUGUGUCCCUGAAGUUUUCUUGAAUCUGAAUCUUUCUAACACCCCAUUUAGUUAUUACUAUAUCUUGAAGGAGUAUCAGUCUCUGAAUUGUUCAACUGAAAUUCCAUCUUCUUUUUUGCAAGUCCCCUGCCUAAGUGGCAUUGGACAUCAUGUUUAUGUUGUGGAAACAUCAUUUGUUGUCCCAGAUUUUUGUAACCAUGUUAAGACUGUUGGAAUCCCAUUUUCAUAUAGUCCUUUCUUGUCUGAUAACACUUUUGGACUUGGAUUAACAUGGAACUUGGAAAAUUCCCAUGAAGACAGUGUAGCAACAGGGCAGUUUAAAGGACUCAAUGAGAUAGCAAAUGAUAAAGCCUUGGGGUGUAUUAUCCUGUUCAUGUUUAUAGUGGUGAUGCUGUUGAAGUUAUCUCAAUAUUCUAAGAGAGUAGAGGAUAAAGUGAAUCAGAAGGAACCUCAUGUUGAUGGCAUUUUAGGGAACUAUGAAGCUUUGGACAAAAUUGUGAUAAAAAAUUAGUUUUCAGAAUCAAAAUAUUUACCAAAUCUAUGAGGAAACUUUUGGUGGGUUAUUGAAUUAUCUUAUUCUAGGACUAGGGGUGUGUUAGAUAUGAAGAAAUUGUUUUCCAUAUUCUUUUUGGAAAUAAGUGAGUUUUGUUUUACUUGUUUUCUUAUGUUUUGGUAUGUAAGUAACAAAUAUUUUUAUAUAAAUAUUUAUAUAUAA